CAAAGUGCUUCAUUCGAAGUAAGUGACCUCAGUCAUUGGCGUAACGCUAGUUAGUAGACAACGCAGCCCUCAGCGAUCAACACGCUGUCGGCAAUUCCAACGCAUUUAACUAGUACAACAGAUCUCGUCAGCUUUCGACGCUGCAAGACAAAAGUAAACGGUAAGGUUCACCAGUGACUGAGCACCGAUAUACACACGACUCCAGUAAAAAUUACCGACUAUAGCAACCGACUAGAGUGCGUGACGACAGCGGUGAUAAUGUCCUCGAAUCGUCCCAUUAAUGCGAAUACUCCCACAGAAAACAGCGGUGGCAGUGAAGGACAAACCUCCAUUGAGAAUAGCGGUGGCAAUAAAGAACAAACCUCCGCUGAGAAUAGCGGUGACAGUGCAGGACAUACUGUGACUGAAGGCAGUGAAGGAGAAGUCUCAUUUGUGCCUCCUGAUAGAAAAAGCAUAAGGUUUCAGCGAUACUGUCGUUGGUACUGGCUGGCUCCAAUGGCACUCUCGCUAUUAAUUGCCGUGUUUUUGGUUACCGUGCUCGUGCUAAACCACUCAAGUUCCAGUAAAUCUCAAGCAGAAGAGAAUCAUCCCGACGUCAAUUUAGAGCUGAUAUCAACACAAUCGCCGGCCAAUGUAUCCACGCGACCUGCUUUUAAUAUCAGUAUAUGCAAGACUCCUCUGUGUGAAGUUCUUGGACAGGCAUAUGUCAAGUCGAUUAAUAACGACGUUGAUCCUUGCGAAGAUUUCUAUGGGUUCACGUGCGGUGGCCUACAAAAGGACUACGAUCUGAAAAAAAUCUUCAUGGAUCAUAGGGCGCUUAAAGAUCUUUUUCUACUCCACGCUGCCAUGAAGGAAAUCGGAUAUAAUUAUCUGCAUGAUAUUUAUAACGCGUCACUAGAUUCGACGCGAAAGAGAAAGCUGACCGCUUCAGACAAGCAAAUUUCCACACUUUACGGGAGUUGCCUUGCAAGGAAUUCUGAUACACAGGUGGCAGAGGCGAUACGUAAGGUAAAAGCACUGUUUGUUGACUGUCGACUAAACUGGUUCGCUGACGCUGGUCGGAGAAGGAAUUUUAUUAGGAGUCGGCAGAGGUCCGACUUAGAUAGCCCGCUGCUAUAUUCGCUGGGACGAUUAUCACUUCAUUGGGGACUUUCGGUACCUUGGCUAAGCUUUCACUCAGCACACCCAACCGGGAGGAAUAUUGCGAAGAACAUGUUGGAAGUAAAACAAAUGGUUAACCCUACUAAAGUUAUAAUAGAGGACAGGAAAAGCCGCAUAAAUUUACAUGAUAUACCUAGAAACUACUGGGUUAGAAACGUUAAGGAUGCCCUACAAAAAAUUAGGUCCUGCCUAUUGAACGGCAAAAAUGAACACUUUCUUAAAACAUUUCAACAAGGACCCGAGUAUAAAUUAAUGUUAACAAAGACAACAAUUAUGCUUGAAUCGUGGGGUGAAACCGUAAGCCCCAGGCGGCUGUCGAACCUUAUACUGCAUCAAAUGCUAGGCGAACGUUGCCUUUCAAACUUUAGUAGUACAAUUGUUUUAGCUGUCGCAGGCAAGAUUGAAGAUUUCGAGCGAGUAACAGGAGUCAGCUUGGCUGCCCUCGUCAAUAGGCAACUAGCCGGUGUCAUUGUAAUAUCGAAUAAAGACGAAGUAAUUAUGAAUGAUGUGAUUGGAAUUGCAGUUGCGUUGGAUUUGGUCCAGAGGCCAUCCGGCAACGAACAGAUUAUCGAAGACUAUAUUGUGAUGUGGCUAGUGAAAAAACUUGCACCAUUUGUUGGGGGAGCUGUUACGAAAGCAGCUUGCCUUGUAGACAAAUAUAAGGAGUGUUACAUUGACAAUGUGUCGUACUGUGAAAGAAAGGCGUAUGAAUAUUUGCCUCUGUCAGGGGCAGCUUUAAUCGGACGCCAUGUCAUAAGCGCAUUCGGGAUCGCUGAACUGCUCGCCAUCGCAAAUCUCAUCAAGACUGCCAUCGCAGAGAUCCUUGUGAAUCUCGGCUGGAUGGACGAGGCGACGAAGCAGAUCGCUCUGAAAAAAAUCAACAAUACGUUAGCGUACGUCGGAUAUCCGGGAUUUUUCAACGAAAGCAACUACCAAGAAACCGCGGCUCAGAUUGGUGGCAAUUUCCUCGGAAAUAUACUUAACAUCAAAUCGGCUAAGGUAGCCUCGAGGCUAAUAUAUUUCAGUUCGUCCAGUAAUCGCGAGCAGACGACGUGGCAGAAGGCGCAGUCGGAUAUCAAUGCAGCAUAUGAAUCCGAACUGGACGGCGUGUUGCUGCCAGGUGGUCUGGGGCUGUACAAUUAUGUUGAAGGUGCCCCAGUGUGGAUCAACCUCGCUUCGUCCCCCGUAGGACACGAAAUCUUUCGCAUCUUCGAUGACAGUGGAAGCGAAUUUGAUAAAAAAGGAGGAAAGAGCAAAUGGUGGUCAGAACAGACGAGGCAGAAUUUUGAGAAAUCGACGACCUGCCUUAUGAAUCAGUACAGCGUUGAUGUUCCGCUCCACACAAAUGAAACAUCUAACGGCACUGUCUUAUUAAAUGAAAAUUUUGCCGAUAAUGGAGGGCUGCGCGCACUGUUUCACGCAUUUCAACUGUAUCUUUACACAAGCGGCGGAUAUGUGGAGAUCCUUCCGCACAUGGAACAAUAUACACCAGAGCAGUUCUUCUUCAUUGCGUGGGCUUAUAAGCGAUGUCACGCCUCCGCACCCGAUCAGGCCAUGGAUACAUCUCAUGAGCAAAUUGACGGCUAUGCAAAACAACGUGUUAAUAUCCCGCUUAAAAACUUUGCCAGAUUCGGAAAGGCAUUCGAAUGCCGAGUAGGUUCACUUAUGAGACCUAGCAAUUCUGAGUGCGCGUUAUGGUGAAACGUCAUAUUCUCCUUGACGUUUCACCAGUCAAGGGGAAUAUACAAGGAAGCAGCACAAAGCUUAUCUAUGCAGCUCUGUAUGCACGUUGUAGGUGUGAAAUCAAAGAAUCGUUAAGCUUAAUUUUACGGAAUACAAUAGAUACUAAUAAAUGUAAAAAUGAAUCUAUUA